CCCCAGCUAAUCCACCAGGUUCAAUCAGGCUAAGUAGUUGGGGAAUGUGUCAACUCUGAAUUACAAUGAGCAGCAGGAAAGGAGCUGUCAGCUGACUAAUCAGGGAUAGUGGAUUUUUGUGCGGCGGCGCCGCUGCAGCAGUGGUAAUGGAAGCAGCUACGCUAGCUUUGUUUGGUGGAGAUUUUUGGCUGCCGUUUUUAAAUACCACCCAAGAAGCAGCUCAUAUUUCAUCAGUGAGCCAUUGACAAUUGGAAAAGAAGAGUGUAAAAGAUGGCAGAAGCGAAUCCCCCGAGAGGCAAGAUGAGGUUCAGAAGGAAUGCGGCUUCUUUCCCUGGGAACUUGCACUUGGUUCUGGUUUUACGUCCUACAAGUUUUCUUCAGCGCACCUUCACAGACAUUGGAUUUCGAUUCAGUCAGGAAGAUUUCAUGCUCAAAUUACCAGUUGUUAUGCUGAGCUCAGUUAGUGGUUUGCUGACAUACAUUGAUGACAAGCAGUUAACCCCCGAGUUAGGCGGCACCUUGCAGUACUGCCACAGUGAAUGGAUCGUCUUCAGAAAUGCUAUAGAAAAUUUUGCCCUCACAGUGAAAGAAAUGGCUCAGGUAUUACAGUCCUUUGGAACUGAACUGGCUGAGACUGAACUACCAGAUGACAUUCCUUCCAUAGAAGAAAUUCUGGCAAUCCGUACGGAAAGGUACCGCCUGUUGAAGAAUGAAAUUAUGACUGUAACCAAAGAAGGACAAAUUCUGCUAACAAAUCUCCAAUUACCCGCCACUGAAGGAGCUAUCAGUUCAAGUCUUGAGCAUCGACAUCCCAUUUGUGGUGACUGGCAAACUGUCAACAAAUUGCUGACUCAAGUGCAUGAUAUGGAAACUGCUUUUGAUGGAUUUUGGGAAAAACACCAAUUGAAAUUGGAGCAGUAUCUGCAACUAUGGAGAUUCGAACAAGAUUUUCAAACGAUUGUAGUUGAUAUCGAAGAUUUAUUGAAACAACAAUCAGAGCUGCUUGACGUAUCAGGGAAUAUAAUUCAAGUAAAACAUAAAAUUAAAAGACUGGAAAACUUGGAGGAAAACUCUCAGGCACUGGUAACAAAGGCCCGGUGUGUAAUAUUACAUGGCCACCAGCUUGCAGCAAAUCACCAUUACGCGCUUGAUUUAAUUUGCCAGAGGUGCAGUGAACUCCGUUACCUCUCUGAUGUUUUGGUUAAUGAGAUCAAAAUGAAGCGAAUACAGCUCACCAGGACCCUAAAAAUGCACAAGCUCCUACAACAGGCUCGGCAAUGCUGUGAUGAAGGGGAAUGUCUUCUAGCUAAUCAGGAAACAGAGAGGUUUCAGACUAAAGAAGAUGCUCAGAAAGCUCUUGAUGAUAUCAAAAAUUUCAUUGAGUCAUCUUUGCCUUUUAUCAAUUAUGAUGCUGAAAGCCUACAGUAUGAAUUUGAUGUGUUUUUAUCUCCUGAACUCAAGAUUCAAAUGCAGACUGUUCAACUCAAGCUUGAAAAUAUUCGAAGUAUGUUUGAGAACCAUCAGAUGGGAUUCAAGAAACAGACACAAAAUCAUGCAAGGUCAAUGCAGUUUAUAGUUCCUGGCCCUGAAAAUCUGACCAGAUCUAAACAUGUGGGAAUUGGAUACUCUUUCUUUCAAGCAUGUAAACUUUUUUUAAAAGGGAAGAAGACUUGGAGACCGAAUCACAGCAGUGCAAAAGAUGAUGAGGAUUAUGAUUGUCAGAAGAGCAACUGUGGUCCAUCUUCCAAUUUGGACAGUGAUAAUGGCUUGGAUAUUUUAAAGAACCAUGUUCUAAAUGAGCUGAUACAGACUGAGAAGGUGUAUGUUCGAGAACUAUUUACUGUUUUAUUGGGCUAUAGAGCGGAAAUGGAUAAUCCAGACAUGUUUGCUCUUAUGCCACCUCUUCUGAGAAACAAAAAGGACAUCCUCUUUGGAAAUAUGGCAGAAAUAUAUGAAUUCCAUAACAACAUAUUCAUGAGCAGCUUGGAAAAUUGCUCUCAUGCUCCAGAAAGAGUGGGAUCUUGUUUCCUGGAAAGGAAGGAUGAUUUUCAGAUGUAUGCAAAAUAUUGUCAGAAUAAGCCCAGAUCAGAGAUAAUUUGGAAGAAGUACUCAGAAUGUGCCUUUUUCCAGGAAUGUCAAAGAAAAUUAAAACACCGACUUGGUCUGGAUUCCUAUUUACUCAAACCAGUGCAGCGUAUCACUAAAUAUCAGUUACUUUUAAAGGAGCUAUUAAAAUACAGCCAAGAUGGUGAAGGAUCUGCUCAAUUAAAGGAGGCUGUUGAUACCAUGCUGGAUUUACUGAAGUCAGUGAAUGAUUCCAUGCAUCAGAUUGCAAUAAAUGGCUAUAUUGGAAACUUAAAUGAACUGGGCAAGAUGAUAAUCCAAGGUGGAUUUAGCGUUUGGACAGGACACCGGAAAGGUGCUACAAAGAUGAAGGAUUUUGCAAGAUUCAAACCAAUGCAACGGCAUCUUUUCUUAUAUGAAAAAGCCAUUAUUUUUUGCAAAAGACGUGUUGAAAGUAGAGAUGAUGCUGAUCGAUACCCAUCAUAUAGUUUUAAGCACUUUUUGAAUAUGGAUGAAGUUGGAAUCACAGAAUAUGUGAAAAGUGAUAACCGCAAGUUUGAAAUCUGGCAUGGUGGGAAGGAAGAAGUUUAUAUUGUACAGGCUAAAAGUGUAGAUGUGAAGAUGUUAUGGCUAAAAGAAAUAAGAAGUAUUUUGUUGAAGCAACAGGAACUUAUAACAGUGAAAAAACGGAAGCAGCAGGUCGUAGAGCUGAGUGAUGUUUGCCCUCAGCAGAGUGAUGAAGAUGGAUGUUCAACAUGGCUCUCUUAUUUUGACGAAACUACUCUGUCAAGUAGCCUGUAACUCUUUCCUGCCUGCUUCUCAGAUUACUUGGAAAAAGUCCUGCUCAAAAGACAUUCAACCAAAAUGAUGUGAAUGUUGCUUUCAGGUUAAUUUCUUUGGACACGCAAAAAAACCCACACAGCACAUAAUUAUUUUUUCUUUGAUAUUUAAAAAAUGUUUUAGUUGCUCUUUAUUUUUUUUAAAUUGUAUAUUUCAUGUGUAAGUUACUGUGCUGGAGAAAUUCUCAUCUCAGAAUACAUUUGAACUUGAAAGUAGUUUCUUCUUUAUCUACUAUGUAACCAAAUGCAAUCAGUGUGCCUUGGAUUAUUCAGCUUAUUCUGAAUUAAAUUAAAAUGGCUGCAAAAUGAUUAAGGUCAAGCGAAGCACAAUAUUAUGAUUUAAUACGCUUUAAUUGGAUCUAGAGCUUGUGUCCAUUGUACUACCUUGUGCAAGAUGAUACACAGUCCAAAAAUCCUUUUGGAGACAUUAGCAAAUUUUGUUAGAGCUAUUGCAUUUUGUAUGUACUAUGAUAACAUUUUCAUGAGAUUAGUUUACAAAGAGUUGUAUUUAAAAUUUAAUAUUUUCAUUCUUUUUCUCUCUGGAUUUGUGCUUAUAAUUCAUCUAAUGGAUUAGUUGUGCUCUAUUAUUUUUUUUUGUACAUUUCAU